AUGACUGGCAAGAACCGUCUGCAGCCACUGUCACGGCCAUGGCAGCUGUACAAAACACGCUAUCGACGACUCAAAGGUGCAUUGCGUGAUGUCAUGACCGAAGAUCUCCGCGAGAUUACGGGCAACCGAUCCAUCAAAAUGUCGUGGACUGCAGUCGACUUUCACCAGCGAAUUGAGCUGCCGUAUGGUGUUGCUCUCGUAGGAUGGCCAACUGACAUUGCCCGCACAAACCUGAGCAAGAUCGGGGGAUGCGACAUCCUCGACAACCUGCUUACAAAGUGGCGAACGGGCAAAAUGCGGUUUGAGCUUCUGGAUCCGGCAAGGAGACCUGUCAGGCUCGAGCUUCGGCGACACACAAGGAGUGAUGCCGGGCACUCGCAUGUGUUUGCUGACAAGAGGGAGCCGAUGAAGCAGAAGCGACGGGGUCACAAGGUCCCGAAAAGCGCACUGAUCAUCGAAAACUCUGAUGCCGGCUCGGAUGCAGAUACUGCUGCUGGUGGGAAUAUCGAGAGCAGGACAGAGUCAGCUGAUGAGGACGAGAGUCGAAUUUGCAAACGGCGCAGGCUGGAUCUCGAUAUUGUUGAUGGUGACCAAUAUGGCAACUCGUCAGCUCUGGAAACGAUCGAGGAUUUCUCAUCUGAUGCCCGGUCGCUUGCCGAGACGAUUGAGGAUGCCGAUGACUGGGAGUAA